GCCUGCAGCUGGGCUGUUUCACUGCAAUGCUAAAUAUUUGUGUACCUAUUAUUUUUGGGCUUUGCCUGGGCGUCGCCUGUGCAACGAACUACUGCAAGUACAACUGCCGAGGAAUCCAGCACAUUGGCUGCAAUCACAAUGGGGACUGGAAAGCCUCAUGCCCGAAGGACAGGGCUUUGGUCUCCCUUUCGGCGGCCGAGAAGAAAGUGAUUUUGAGAUAUCACAAUGAAUACCGAAACACCAUUGCCGGCGGCAGUGGCAAUAGACUGCCAGCGGCUUGUCGGAUGGCCACCAUGCAGUGGGACGAUGAGCUAGCCUAUCUGGCAUCCCUUAACGUCAAGACCUGUACAAUGACCCACGACAACUGCCACAACACGCCAGCCUUUCAGUACUCCGGCCAGAAUUUGGCUUGGGUCAGCUAUAACGGAGUACUGAAUGUAACGGACAAAACUUCAGUGUGCUUUAAAAUGUGGUACAACGAAUUACCCCACGUCAACAAGAACAUCGUCACGUCCUUCCCCGCCGUCUACAAUGGACCUGUUAUUGGCCAUGUCACCGUCAUGGCCGCCGAUCGCAAUACGCACGUUGGCUGCGCCGCCUCCACCUAUUCGUCUGGGGGUAACUUCUACAAGGUCUUCCUCAUCGCCUGCAACUAUGCAACAAACAACCUGUAUGGUGUCAAGGUAUACGACACCUGCUCUAAACCGGCAACCAAGUGCACCACUGGAGUCAAUCCCGAAUAUAAAUUCUUAUGCAGCUCCAAGGAAGUCUACGAUGUUAACAACAUUUCAUUUGGUUAAAUGUAUAAGUUUUAAAUACAUUGGAGUCCGGUUAUAGCGACACUCAAGGGACCGACGAUUUUACGUCGCUAUACCCGGAG